AUGUUAGUAGCUUUAGAAACUCCAAAUUCAGCAUUCAAACCAAAAAUCAACAAAUUAAAAACAACAUGGAGAUUGAAAAAAUUUAAAGAUAUUUAUCAAGUUAAAGCCAAUAACAGUGCUAGAAGUAGUAUUGCAAGUAAUUCAUCAAAUUCAAAUUUUUCAUCUUCUAGAUCUUCUUCUACUACUACUGGAUCUUAUUCAUCAAUGUGA